AUGAACGGGGAUGGAGCGUCAAACCUGGGACAUCCAUUUCCUGAUCUCGGAGUUGUUCCAGAAGAUGCAAUUGCCAUAAUUGGGAUGGCAUGUUGUUUCCCGCAAGAUGCAGAGAAUCCGGAAAAGCUUUGGGAGAUGUUAUUGGGGGGCCGCUCUGCAUCUAGUGAAUUCCCGAAGAAUAGGAUGAACUUAGAUGCUCAUUAUCACCCCGAUCCUACUCACGGAGGUAGUAUGAGCAGUAGGAAAGCUCAUUUCAUGAAACAUAACGGGUCCACAUUUGAUGCACCUUUCUUCAGUAUCACUAAAACUGAGGCUCUUUCCAUGGAUCCACAGCAGCGCAUUUUAAUGGAGAAUGUGUACGAAGCACUAGAAAAUGCUGGUAUUCCAAUGGACACUGUCAUCGGGUCGAAGACAUCCGUCUUUGUUGGUGCCUUCACAAGUGAUUACCAAACUCUACUCAACGCGGAUCCUGAAGUCAUCAUGAAAUAUGCACCCACCGGCAAUUCAAGUUCGAUUCUAUCCAACCGUGUUAGCUGGUUCUAUGACUUGAAAGCAUGCAGCCUUACCUUGGAUACUGCUUGUUCCAGCAGCUUGGUUGCCUUCCAUCUUGCUUGCGAGAGCCUGAAAAAUAAUAGCGCGAAGAUGUCAAUAGUCAAUGGUACCAAUAUCAUUGAGCAACCGCAAGCAAUGUUCCGCAUGAGCAACAUCGGUUUCUUAUCGCCAGAUGGCAAAUGCUAUAGCUUCGACCAUCGAGCCAACGGCUACUCCCGUGGUGAAGGGACUGGGACCAUAAUCAUCAAACCACUCAAGGCCGCCUUGGAAGACGGAAAUACGAUCCGGGCAAUUGUUCGCGGAACCGGUGUCAAUCAAGAUGGCCGGACCCCUGGAAUGACACUUCCGAGCAAGUUCGCACAAGAAAACCUCAUCCGCUCUGUUUACGUGAAUGCCGGGCUUGAUAUUUCAACUACCAGUUACGUCGAAGCACACGGCACGGGAACGCCGGCUGGAGAUCCUGUCGAGGCAGGCGCUAUUGCGGCAGCCUGGAGCGAAAGGAAAUCGGAAGUCCCUCUUUAUAUCGGGGCAAUCAAGUCCAAUAUCGGUCACUUAGAAGGGGCUUCUGGGGUUGCUGGUCUGAUCAAAACUGUGCAGGCACUCGAGAAAGCGAUAAUUCCACCAAACAUAAACUUCGAGAAGGUCAACUCGAAGAUAUUCCCUGAUAAAUGGAAUAUUGAGUUCCCUCUGCGUCCGGUACCUUGGCCGAGUACUGAAGUCCGAAGAGCUUCUGUGAAUUCCUUCGGAUUUGGAGGAACGAAUGCACACGUAGUACUGGAUGAUGCACGCAGUUUUCUCUCCGCUCAUAACCUUCAGGGACUGCAUAGGACAGCUUCUGAAAGUCCAAACGAAGAGAAUUUGGAGCCCCAUUCGAACCACAAAGCGAAGAAAAUCUUCAUUCUCUCGUCCUUGGACGAAGCAGGAAUAAAGCGAAGUGUUGAGGCCUACUUGGAAUACUUGCCAUCCAAAGCAUAUUCCACCGAGAGCAAUUAUAUCGAUGAUCUAGCUUUUACCUUGUCCAAGAAGCGCACUUUAUUCCCUUGGAAAAGUUUCGUCGUUGCAGGGUCUCUGCAAGAGCUCAUCAAACGUCUACCCGAUGCCCCUAGGAUGUCCAAACAUACAAGAAAAGGCAGGGUUCCGCAGCUUGGGUUCGUUUUCACAGGGCAAGGAGCGCAAUGGCACGCCAUGGGUCGGGAAUUGCUGUUGUAUCCCAUUUUCAGAAGGAGCCUGGAAGACGCUAGCAAUUAUCUUGAUCAAUUGAAAAGUCCGUGGCAUCUUUUGGAUGAAUUACUCAAGGGUAAAGCAGAGUCCAGAAUCGACACUCCUGAUCUUAGCCAAGCUGCUUGUACAGCUCUCCAGGUGGCUCUGGUGGACUUGCUAGCCUCUUGGGGAAUUUUCCCAUCGCGCGUGAUCGGUCACUCUUCUGGAGAGAUUUCUGCUGCGUACUCUGCUGGAGCCUUGAGUAGGAAGUCCGCAUGGAAGAUUGCUUACUACCGCGGUGUUGUCUCCGGAAAGCUGGCCGCCAAGAAAGGCGCCAUGAUGGCAGUAAGGCUCGAUCAAGACUCCCUGUCGCCAUAUCUCCAGAGGGUCAACGUGGACUUGGAGGGCGAGCUUGUCAUGGCCUGCUUCAAUAGUCCCAUGAACAUCACAGUUUCGGGAGACGAGAACAAGAUUGACCGCCUCCAAGAGCUCCUCGGGGAGGAUGAUUUAUUUGCCAGAAAACUGAAAGUGAGCAAUGCGUACCACUCUGGUCACAUGUCAACUGUCGCAGAUGAAUACCUCGAGCUCAUUGGCGAUAUAUCUGCUGAACCAGAGCAAAAUCACUUCCGAGACAACGAUCGAGAAGUGACGAUGUACUCAACAGUCAACUUCCGUCCGAUUCUCCCCUCUCAACUUCGCGACCCGCAAUACUGGGUUUCUAACAUGGUAUCUCCGGUAAGAUUUGUGCAGGGUCUUUCGGAGAUGUGUUCAACUCCUAGCCCAGGGAGAGCUAGACUCCGCGUGGAUGGUGGAGCGGACACACCCUUUCAACAUAUUUUGGAAAUAGGACCGCAUCCUGCACUCAAUAGCGCCAUACGAGAGAUCCUUGCGUUGGAUCAGCGCCUAUCAUCCAUUGGAUAUUCAUAUCUGGUCUCACGUCAAGGUUCGUCACUGGAUGCAAGUUUACAAGUUGCUGGAACGUUGUUUUGCAGUGGAUAUCCAGUUGAUCUAGCGGCUGUGAACUGUUCAAGCGAAAGGGCCAGCAGCAGCAACUCAUCGGAGCCGCAGAUGUUGGUGGACCUUCCACCGUACCAAUUCAAUCAUACUCAAACGUAUUGGCCAGAGGGUCGACUCAGCAAGAACUUUAGGUUUAGGAAGUUCGCCCGGCAUGACUUACUUGGAGCACCAGUUCCGGAUUGGAAUUCCCAAGAUCCAAAAUGGAGAAAUAUUAUCAGAGUCACCGAAAUCCCUUGGCUCAGAGAUCACAAAGUCACUGGUAGAAUUGUUUAUCCUGGUGUCGGCUUCGUUAUCAUGGCAAUCGAGGCAGUAACGCAAUUGUCUCCAAUAGAUAUCAAGAUCAUCGGAUAUCGGUUGAGAGACGUCUCGAUUAGAUCUGCUCUUCUCAUUCCAGAAACUGAAGGUGGAGUCGAGACAAUGCUUGCUAUGCGACCUGUGUCUGAAUCCAGCCUCACGAGUUCUUCCACCUGGAGAGAGUUCAAAGUUCUGUCAUAUAAUACAAGCUCCGACGAUUGGACCGAGCACUGUCGUGGAAUGGUCAAGGUGGAAUAUGCGAUGGAAACCAACCCCAUUGAUGUAGGGCGGGAGGCGGCUGCAGAGGAACGUGCUUUCCAUGGCCAACUUAUGGAUGCCUCCAGGAACUGCAAUAUUCCGUUCGACAUGUCCCGUUCUUAUUCCGAGCUUGAGACAAUUGGGUUAUCUUUCGGUCCUCUUUUCAAAAAUCUGGAGAAGGUAACGCGGGACGACUGCAACGGAAACGCGAUGGGUCAUGUUACGGUGCCUGAUGUCCGGGCGUCGAUGCCAAAGAAGUUCACACAUCCUCAUAUCAUUCAACCCGCAGCAAUGGAUAGCAUGCUUCAUAUCUUUCUUGCUGCUAUCCAAUCGUUAAAUAUCGAAUCAAGGCUGAUCGAGCCCAUGGUUCCGAUAUUUAUGAAGGAAGUUUGGGUGGCCAGAGAUAUCAGUAACGAACCAGGCCACCAGUUCCGAAGUCAUGGGGUAGCGCAUAAGACCGGCCACAAUAAGUUUGAGGCUUCAAUCACCGUUUGGGAUACACUAACCGAAUCCCCAAAAGUCUUAUUCAAAGGCAUCCAAGUAACACCUCUGCAAUCAUCCUCGACCACGUCGGGGAAGCGACAACUCAGUUACAAUGUAUUAUGGAAGCCUGAUGUAGAUCUCAUAAGUUACUCCCAGAUGGAACGGCUAGCGCGUGAGCGGGCUGCCCCUUUGGGCGGAAAUGAAGAUGAAUCUUUAAGGAUGGCGGAAGAUUUCAACUUGGCGGUGAUUGCAUACACAGUAGAUGCUUUGAAGCUCCUCCGGGAUGAGACACUGGGAGACAUACCUCCCCACCAUAAACAGUACCUGGCUUGGCUACACCUUCAAGAAGAACGCUUCCAGGAUGGCAAGAUACUUCACCAAAAUCCCCAAUGGGAGUCGAUAAUUAAUGAUCCGGAAGAGAAACAGCAGCUGUUCAGGAGAGUUAUUGAUUCAGGGCCAGAGGGCGCCCUUACCACUCGGAUAGGAUCCAACCUCGUUGGCAUCGUGCGGCAAGAAAUCGACUUGAUCCAACUCAUGUUUGGGGAUGAGCUCAUGGAGUCAUAUUACCGAGAACUCCACGGGACGGAAAGUAUCCAUCAUUUGUUGCGCUCCUAUUUGGACUUAUACAGCCACAAAUAUGCCGAACUGAAAAUCCUUGAAGUUGGAGCCGGCACAGGAGGGACAACACUGCCAAUUCUCGAGGCCCUUUAUCCUUGUGAGCAGCCUUCAAGAGUCGCAAGCUACACAUAUACCGAUAUAUCGCCAGGAUUCUUCGAGAAAGCAAAGGGGAAACUCAAGAAUUGGAGAAAUGUCUUAGAGUAUAAGAGGCUUGAUAUUGAAAAAGACCCCUUCAGUCAAGGAUUUGAGAGAGGCCACUACGAUAUAGUCAUUGCUGCCAACGUUCUUCAUGCCACCGCAGACCUGAACAAAACUCUCAGCAAUGUGCUUAGUCUUCUGAGGCCGAAUGGAAAGCUGAUCCUUCAGGAAGGUGCUGCCACGGGACACCUAUCCGGACAACUGGUUUUUGGCACCCUUCCAGGGUGGUGGCUUAGUACUGAACCUUCUCGCAAGUGGGGCCCCUUGCUGACAGAACCGGAAUGGAAUGAUAUGCUACUUAAAAGUGGCUUCAGUGGAGCGGACCUCGUCCUCAAAGACUACCUUAACGAGAAUAUUCACGGCCAAAGUCUCAUAAUCGCGACCGCCCCGGUCCAUGCUCCGAUCCACCAUGGCACCCAUGAAACUAUCAUCGUAGUUUCAUCUUUGGAGGGUUUGGGACCUCUCCCCGCUGCCAUCAGGUCUUCAUUGCAAAAAAUUGGCAUUCUUGAAGCUACCGUCGUUCACUGCAAAGACUUGGAUGGGCGAGACCUAAAACACACUGUCUGUAUCGCCCUACUUGAACUGGAGAACUCUGUAUUUGUUGAUGGAGAAGCAAAUUUCAUCAGUAUACGACGUAUGUUGACGACUGCUGCUGGAGUUCUCUGGGUUACCGAUGACAUGAUGUCAAAUCCCGAAAUUUCUCUCUCUACUGGACUCAUCCGAACAGUUCGAUGGGAGCGAGAUCUGGACGAUUCGAAUCUAGUCACUCUCGGAGUUGAAUUCAAGACGCAAGAGCUCCUCACAAGUGCAGCGCAGAUCACAGAAAUAUAUCGGUAUCAAUUUAUGCAGCAAAACAACCAGCGGAAUGCGGAAUAUUGUUCGCUUGGCGGCCUCAUUCAUACCAACCGCCUCACAACAGCUGAAUAUCUUGAUGAAUUCCUGUUCUCAAGAGUUAGCAAACCGAAGGCGCAGCUACGUCCCUUUCGGACUGACCAAAAUCGUGCCUUGAAGCUGAGCACAGACACACCCGGCCUUCUCAAUAAACUACAAUUUGUUGAUUGUCCGAAGUACGAGACAGAACUUGACCUAGAUGACGUCGAAGUUGAAAUUAAGGCAACUGGGCUCAACUUCCGUGACAUCAUGAGCGCCAUGGGCGAGGUAGGAGGCGAUAUACUUGGAGCUGAGGGGGCAGGAAUCGUCACAAGGACAGGCGCCAGCGUCAACGGUGUCAAAGUUGGUGAUCGUGUUGUUCUCCUUGCUUCUCUGACCGGUUGCUUUCAAAGCUUCGCGAGAACGAAAGAAGUAUGUGUUGCGAAAAUUCCAGACGAAGUUUCCUUCGAAAAAGCCGCUGGCAUCCCCGUCAUUUACUGCACUGCUCUUUACUGCCUUGUCGAUAUCGCCAGACUUCAGAAAGGGGAGUCGGUUCUGAUACAUGCCGCUGCUGGUGGCGUCGGUCAAGCAGCAAUAAUGCUGGCGCAAAACAUCGGUGCCGAGAUUUUCGCAACGGUCUCUUCGGAAGAGAAGAAGAAGAUCCUGAUCGACACUUACAACAUUCAAGAAGACCACAUCCUCUCCAGCAGAGAUCUCUCUUUUACUAAGGGGGUGAUGCGAUUGACCAAUGGCCGUGGGGUUGACGUUAUUCUCAACUCUUUGGCUGGUGAGGCUCUCCGUGUGUCGUGGGAAUGCAUUGCACCGUUCGGUCGAUUUGUCGAGAUCGGGAAGAGAGAUAUCUACGGAAAUGGCCGCCUUGAAAUGUUUCCAUUUUCGAAGAAUGUAAUAUUCGCCUCGUGCGAUCUUGAGACUGUGAUGAGGCUGGACCCAACCACGACUUCAAAACUGCUGCAUCGAACUAUGGGCCUAUGGAAGGAAGGUGUGAUUAAAGAGACAACACCGCUCAAUAUCUUCGAUUUCUCCCAGAUCGAGGCCAGCUUUCGACUUGUUCAGUCGGGGAAGCACAUUGGUAAGAUUGUCUUGACCGCCGGCAAGGAUGAUCUUGUACGAGUCAUACCGAAACCCCAAACUCCGUACCAGUUCCCGGGGAAUGGAACAUACGUCCUCGCAGGGGGGUUUGGGGGACUUGGCCGAAGCAUGGCCCGUUGGAUGGUCUCACGUGGGGCGCGUAAUCUGAUAUUUCUCUCAAGAAAUGGAGCUUCCACCGAAGCCGCUGAGAAACUGCUUGAAGAGUUACGUGGAAUGGGAUGUGCGGCACAUGCAGUACCGUGUGACGUGAGCGACAAAUUGGCUCUCGAGAAAGUCAUUUCUGAAUCCCAAAAAUCCAUGCCUCCCAUCAAAGGCUGUAUUCAGGGAGCAAUGCAACUAAAGGAUUCCGCCUUCGAGAACAUGACGUGGGAAAAUUUCAAAGCGGCAACUUUGCCUAAAGUCAACGGCUCAUGGAAUUUGCACACUACUCUUCCGAAGCAGAUGGACUUUUUUAUAAUGCUAUCUUCGAUCUGUGGGAUUAUUGGAAACCGCGGACAGUCAAACUAUGCUGCUGGAAACGUCUAUCAAGACACCCUCGCCCAAUAUCGCCACAGAAAUGGUCUGCCUGCGACGGCACUGGAUCUAGGUACUAUGAUGUCUGUCGGCUUUAUGGCUGAAAAUCAGGAAGCAGUGGGGAUCAAAUCUUUCGCGACGGACGGCAUCCGAGAGGAUGAAUUCCACGCCUUGCUCGAGUACCACAUUGACCCUCUCAAUUCCACUCAGGCGCCGCUUCGCUCUCAAGUGGCCAUCGGACUAGCCACCAGAGCAAUGUUCCGGCGAAAAGGAUUUCCGGAGCCUUCCUUCAUGCGUGAUCCACUCUUUACACAAUUGCGGUCAAUCGCAGAGAGUUCGGAUUCUGAUGGAGGUGAGGAAUCCUUUGCCGCUACGCGAGAGGCUCUCAGGAACGCCAAGACUCUCGAGGACGCUACCGUAAUACUCGCCGAGGCUUUGGUCAAGCGAAUUUCAGGCAUAAUGUCUUUACCCCUUGAGGACAUUGACCCCGGGAAGCCAGUUCACUUCUACGGUGUGGACUCCUUGGUCGCCGUGGAGUUCCGAAACUGGCUUGGGAAGAAUUUAGAGGCCGACAUCGAGGUCCUUGAUAUCAUGGGCGAUGAUAGCAUCAGCGCCUUAAGUGAGAAGAUUGCCAAGAAGAGUAAGAUGCUCAAUUUUGGGGGUGAGGAAAUGGAAGGAGGUUCGGAGGAUGCUGGGGUAGGGAAUGAGAAAAUGGAAGGAUCCUCGGAGGCUGUUGAGGUCGGCAAUUAG